ACCCAUGCCAUGCCUUCGGUUUUACUCUAGUUGUAAGGGUAAUUGCAGCUGUCUGCCUUUCAAUUGGAAGUUCCGAGGAAGGCUGACCGGACCCGAAACAUUAACUCUGAUUUCUCAGCACAGAUGCUGCCACACCAGCUAUUCGUUCUGUUUUCAUUCCUGAAUCACUGCAUCCGCAGUUCUUUCGGCUUUUUUUUUUAACGCAGGCACUUCCGGGUUUGUUGCAAUGGGUUCCAAAUCAAAGUGAAAGCGAUCGAAGGUAGACGGCACUGUGCUGCUGCUUUAAAUACUGAGAUGUUAUGGCUCACACCGGCGAACAGUCGGUGAGUCCGCUCAGGUCCCUGCAUUCAGACGAAGCCACCUUUGUUAUAUUUGUUAACCGGACCUUGCGGACUGCAAGGCCGUGGUGGAUUAAUUUUGAAGGCGUUCCUCGGAACUAUGAUGAUAUUCCUCCUGGAGGGGCCCUGCGUAUGUGCACGUAUCGGACUCACCCUUGGGUUUUUCGUGAUGCAGACACCGGAGACAAAUUGUUGAUAAAGAAUGGUGAGAUAUAUUUUCCAACGUCCACACAAUAUGAUGAAGAUGGUCCGAUUUACAUUCCUGUUCAUGUCACAGUUCCAGUAUAUUCACUGAAGAACUGCUGCUUGCAAUGUAUUCGUAAACAUGUGAAAUCGGAAGAUUAUACAAAGUUGGAACUACCAAAGUCGCUGCAUACUGAUCUCAAGAGUUCUCCAGAUCUGCUAAGAGCAAUUGGAAAACUAAGCAGGCACUACAGAAACAAUGAAUAAUUUAAACUUUGUAGUAUAUGAUUUUUAUUAGUAACAUUUCAUUUUGCUAUCCAUGUUGUUUUAGCAUUUAGAGUAAAUCUAUUUUUAUUCUAACCAUUACACCUUCAUUAGUGUUUCACGUACAACAGGGACUACACUUUAAAAUUACUUCAUUGGUUGUAAAGGUCUUUGAAAUCUUGGCUGAUCAUGAGAGGACCUUCAUAAAAGUAAGUCUUCCUUUCAUUAACCACCUGAAAUUCUCAGUAACUUCAUGUCACUGGAGUUUUAAAACUUCAAACUGUUUGUUAAAUAAGUUAAUGUUUGAAGAGAUGUUCAAAGAAUGUUUUACCCAAUCUCUGGUUUCCUUUUAAUUAUGGACUUCAAUAUUCCUUCUGUUAGGCCCUUAUCAAGAAAGUGGAUGGAAAAAAUUGAUGAACCAUAUCACUGGUGUUAACCAAAGGCAACAAAUGCAUUGGGAAUAGUACCAAUUACAAGUUUCCCUUCAAGCUGUACAGUAUCCUAUAAUUAUGAAACUAUAUCAUUGGUUCUUUCAUUGUCACUGGGUCAAAAUCCUGGAACUCCCUUCCAAAUAGGCACACUGUAAGUAAUCUAAAUCCAAAUCUAAAUAGCACUGGUGAGUGUACCUACAGCAAAUGAACUGCAGUGGUUCAAGAGGACACUUUUUCAAGGGUAACCUUUUGAGGGCAAUUGGUUUCCCCUUAUGGGAGAGUUUAGGACCAGAUAGCAUAAUACCAGAGUAAGGGGUCCCUCAUUUAAGACAGCAAUAAGGAGGACUUUUUUUCCUCAAAGCAUAGUUAAUCUGUGGUAUGUUUUACCAUAGAGGGCUAUCAAGGUUCAGUUAUUUCAAAAUCUGUAUAAUCUCAGCCUCGAAUACCCUUAGAUCAGUAAAGUAAUCAAGGGUUAUGGGGAUAAGACAGGAAAUACAUUUAUAUCUCCAAACGAUUAAUCUUCUAUCAAGGCAAACUCCUAUCCAUAUCCCAUACCAGAAAAAGAUAAUCCUUGAACAAUGUCUUUAAAACAUUAAACAUACUCUGAAUUCUGAACCCUGCUAAGAUAAUGGUGGCUUCUAAACCUCAGCCAAGUAUUCAGAAUGACACUUGACCCUUUGAAAAUUUAAGAUAAGUGUUAUAUCAAAGCUACAUGUUCAGUUACUAAUUCUGCCAAUGAAACAACUCAGUAGAGGCUUAUUUAAAUUCUAACAAUCAUAGUAUCUUUUUUACAGUUGAAAGAGCAGGGCAUUUUAAAAAUCUACAGAUAUGUCAGAUACAUAAACCUGUAAAUCCUUCAAGAGCACUUACAUUAUCAAUUUAUUUAUUGCGCAGUGUGAGCUAAGGCUAUUGGACCUGUCAAAAUAGGAUCAAUUUGAAUUGAGUUCUGAGUUCAAAUGACCCUGCUCCUGUCUGUGAACCACCACUCUUCUGCUGACAAAAAUUUGAUUCUUAGAAAUGGGGGUGAGACUUCUUCAUCAGGUCCCACCCACUAUUUUUGAAGGCCUGCAAAAUCUUUCAGACUCUGUGACAGAGGUUUAUAAAAUCAUGAGGGGUGUGGAUAAGGAGGAUAGACAAGAUCUUUGCCCUGCAGUGGGGCAUUGGCUUAAGGUGAGAGGAGAAAGAUUUAAAAGGCACCUAAGAGGCAACAUUUUUAUGUGGAGAGUGAUGUGUCUACGGAACGAGCUGCCAGAGAAAAUGGUGGAGGCUGGUACAAUUAGAACAUUUUAAAAGGCAUCUGGAUGUGUAUAUGAAUAGGAAGGAUUCAGAGGGAUAUGGGCCAUAUGUUGGCAAAUGAGACUAGAUUUAUUUAGGAUAUUGGUCGCCAUGGACAAGUUGGACCAAAAGGUCUGUUUUAUGCUGCACAGCUCCAUGACUCUAUAUCUCACCCACAGUAUCACAUUAGAUUUACCCACUGUACUACCUGUGCGAUCCCUAUACUUGUGACUGAAAUAAGUAUUCUCAGAAGGCUGCAGAAUAAUAUGUCCACAAAGGAAUGUUUAUAGAGAGUAAGAAUGGUUUUAAAAAGUGUAAGGCUGUUUGAGUUCUCAUUUAUAGUUCUGUAUUUUCUCAUGGCACAAACACGCAAAGGUAAACAUAACAAAUUGUAUCGAUGUACAAAGUGCUGUGCAUGCAAAACAUUAGAUUUUGACCACCAUCUGAAGAUUAAAGUAUGAAAAGAAAUUUGUAGUUGAAAUUGUAAACAGUACUUUUUAUUGUGACAUUAUGCAAUAGCAAUAGGUCAGACAGCAGUUAUGAGAACUUUAGAUCUUUUCAUAUUAUAUCACCUUUCAUGCUUUGUUUUCCUUCAGUUGUCCAUAAAUAUCAUAUUAUGUACAGCUAAUAUUGGUUUUCAAUUUCUGAAAAAUGCA